CAAUAAUGACGCGUCAAUAUUACGUUUGGAUAGAUUGCUUCUUUUCCCGAUGUAACGGUUCGUCCCGCUCCUUCCAUUUCCCUCCUCAUUUCAUCAAAUUCAAGCGUUACUUUUCUGUCCCCCCUUUCUCUUUCUCUGGGGCUUUCCUUCGAACACCCACCUCGACACACAGUUCUAUAUAUACUCUCUAUUUCAAAACUCACUCCAUCAUCCAACACUUAACAAUCCUCCCUCCGGUGUCAGCGUUUACUGAUCCUUUCCCCGUCGCCAUGCAUAACAACCACAACGAUCGCUUCGCCAGUAUUGAAACAACUUGUGGUUUGUUGCUAUUGGAAUUGCAGAAACUAUGGGAUGAAGUGGGAGAUAAUGACGUUCAAAGGGAUAAGGUAUUGUUUGAAAUUGAAGAAGAGUGCCUCGAGGUGUAUAGGAGAAAAGUUGAUGAAGCGGGAAAGUGUAGAUCUGAAUUGCUACAUGAAAUUGCUUCGCUUGAAGCGGAGAUCAAGGAUAUAUGUUCUGCAUUGAGUGAGCAACCUGUAAAAGAUGAGCAGAAAGCCGGUGAAAGUUUAAGAGAAAAACUUCAAAUAAUUGUUCCACAGUUGGAGGAAAUGCGGAAGAGAAAAGCAGAGAGGGAGGAGCAAUUCGCUGAAGUUUUAGACGAACUAAAGAACAUUUCGAUAGAGAUAUUCGGUUCUGCUACAGAAAUUAAUAUGUGCGGGAAGCUUGUGGACAGUGACAACUUAUCUAUGAGAAGAUUAGAACAGUUAAGGAAUCAGUUGUGUGAGCUUCAGAAUGAGAAGAGCAAUCGUUUGAAGCAAGUAGAGUGUCAUUUGGACACUCUGAGCUCCCUGUGUGAGGUUCUUGGUAUGGAUUUCAAAAACACAAUUCACGAGAUCCAUCCAACUCUGGAUGAUUCUAAACGAGCAAAAGACGUAACCAGUUAUACAAUUGAGAGGUUGACUACUGUAAUACAAAGUGUUCGAGAUGUCAAGAUACAGAGAAUGCAGAGGCUUCAAGGUCUUGGAACCGUCCUUCUGGAGCUUUGGGAUUUGAUGGGCACUCCUAUUGAGGAGCAACAGAUGUUUCAGAAUGUUACCAGUGUUAUUGCUGCUUCAGAACCCCAAAUUACUGAGUGUAAUAUGCUUUCCAUGGAUUUCAUUAACCAAGUUGAGGACGAAGUCUCAAGGCUCAAGCAGCUCAAAUCAACUAAACUGAAAGAGAUUAUUCUGAAGAAGAGGUUGGAACUAGAAGAGAUAUGCAGGAAUUCACACAUUGUGACAGAAUUACUUACUGCAGCAACAUAUUCGAUUGAAGCUGAACCAUCUGGAGUGGAUCCUGUGAAUUUACUAGAAGAGAUUGAGUUUGAAAUUGCUAAGGUUAAAGAGGAAGCUUUUAGCAGGAAGGAAAUACUUGACAAAGUGGAGAAAUGGUUUGGUGCAUGUGAAGAAGAGUGCUGGCUUGAGGAGUAUAACAGGGAUGAAACUCGUUAUAAUGCCGGACGAGGUGCACAUCUUACUUUGAAACGUGCAGAGAAAGCUCGUGCAGUUGUUAACAAAAUCCCUGCAAUGGUGGAGACAUUGACUUCAAAAACAAAAGCUUGGGAGAAAGAACAAGGAGUUCCAUUCUUAUAUGAUGGUGAACGGCUUCUUUCUAGACUGGAACAGUACAACAACCUAAGGAAAGCGAAGGAACAAGAAAAGAUAAGACAAAGAGACCAGAAGAAACUUCAGGUCCAGCUGAUAGCAGAGCAGGAAGCACUUUUUGGUGCAAAAUUCAGUCCAUCAAAGAGUGGAAAGAAGGCCUCUAGAGCUUCAGUAGGAUUUGCAAGCAACCGGAAACUCUCUCUUGGCGGAGCGAUGCUUCAGAACUUAAAAGCUGAUAAAUCAUGUCCUCACAUGCAUAUAAAUAAGAAAGGCGAUGGUUUGAAGCAAAAUGUCUACUUGGGUUCCCAGCAGAAUGGUGGUUUUGCAACUCAGACCUAUGGUAGGAGAAAUUCAGAGAUUGCUGGUCAUUUAGUAAAGAAGCAGUCUUCUGCAAAGGCGUCUUCAACUGAAUUGCGUUUGAUAAGAAAGCCCUUGUCUCCGAUUCCUUUAAAAAUGACUUCUCAGGCUAAUAUAGCAAAUUUAUCAGAAGAUCAGAAAGGGAUGCAAGAUGAGAUACCUCAAACAGCUGUUCCUUCCAUUAAGACACCAGUGGGGACACCUACCAAAUCGAUCUCCGACGGAGGUGAAGAGAACGGAACUCCAAAGCUACAUCCAAUUCUAGUGCCGACAACUCCGACCACGAUAUCGGCUCCUAUGUUGAUGGCCUUAACACCGGCUACCCCUUACGUUUCUUCUGCUGCUAAAACAGCAAAAAAGGCUCUGGAACGAAUUGAGUACUCAUUUGAAGAAUUAAGAGCUGGCUUCAUCCAUCACAUAAACAAGGAAUUUGUUGCGGGGUUCAUUUCACCAAAGCACAAAGGUGAACCCAUCAGUCUAGUUUAUUUGGGAGUAAAAUGAUUGGAUACCAGAAUAGAUUUUGAGGCUAUGCCGGCUCAUAGAAGCUGGCACUCAUGUUACAGUUACAGUUACAGGGAUGAUGCUUUAUUUUAAAGGGUGAUAGCUUCGGGUUUAAUUACUGCAAAUUCAGUAGCCCUUUUUGCCGUAAAUCUUGGCAAAAAAUUUCCAACAACCCAUUAAUAAAAUGCUUGAUGGUUGCUCAUUCCCACAA